UCUAGCAUAACUUUCAACACUAGAAGGUAACUUAAUCCACUAGACCAUACAAUUGCUUUUUUAAACAUGUGAGCAUGUUUGUAGAUAGAACUAUUAGCUACAUAUGCUGUUGUGAUAGUAGCAAAAAUAAUAUUUUUAAGCCAGUUGCUUGAACAUAAAACAAACUAUGCAUGCAGCUGUGUGCAUAUGUUUGUAUAACCAUAGAUACUGUAUGUAGUAUCUAUGGUAUAACAGUCUCUUUAUCAUCAUAGUCUCUCACUUUUUUUCUUGCAAAUCUUUAUUACAUGUAUAUUAUGAUACAAACAGAUCUAGUACUGUAGCAGACACAUAGUCAGCUAGGCGGAGCCUGACCCUAGCAGACACAUUGUAAGCAUUGCUCUAGUGGUGCAUACUAAUGGAAGUUGAAUUCAGCGGGAUGCGAAAACAUUAGUCUACUCUCUAGUUAUUAUACACUGCAGAAUUACUAAGUCUAAGUUUACAUGGUGUAGGUCCUUAGAUCCAUAAAGCACUAAGCAUAGCAAGCUCUCGUAGCCAGACCCUCCUGAGCCAGACUCGGCGGAACAAAAUAAAUUCUAAUUUUACUAGAUACCGUAUAGAUCUAUUGUCUUUUAAAAAGACAAUAUACGGUUAACAAUUAAUUAAAAUAGCGUUAUCACCUCCGCCUUCUUUCUGCCAUCAUCAUUAUCAGAGGACGCUAGCUUUAGUCAGCGCUGUAGUGUCUUGUUCAGAGCUCCUCUUUUACACCACUUACCUAAAAGGCUCUGAUAAUACCGGGAACUGACAGUGCUGAAUAAUGUCUGGCACACAAGAUCUACAAGACAAGGUGUCUGCAGUCAAGACACAGAUGCAGCAUAAUUUAGACUCUGCUUUGAAGAGAGGGGAUGAACUAGGUCACCUUCAAACGACAGCUGAAACUAUUGAUAUUGAGUCGAAACACUUUCAGAAGACGAGUGUGAGAGUCAAGAGAAGGCAACAGUGUCAACACUGCAAGCUGUGGUUGCUAUUGGCCGGAAUUGUUGGAAUCAUUCUCCUUGUUAUUAUUUUAAUUGUCGUCAUUGUGGCUGUUGUUCUCUCUCAGUGAUAUUUUGGUCAAAGAUGUCACUUUUAUUUAAAUUGAGUCAAAAGUAACCUUUAUAUUGUUUGUUCGUGUGAAAUUAUUAUUAUUACAAAACCUUUUGAUGUAACUGAUAAUUUUAUUACCUUUAUUAUUAUUAUUAUUAUUAUUAUUAUUAUUAUUAUUAUUAAUCUAUUACCAUUCAGAACUAAAAUCUAACCAUUAUCAUUAUUAUUAGUAGUAGAAUUCUUUUUAUUUUAAUAUUCAAUUAUUAUUCAUUGAGUAUUUUUAUUAGUUAAUACUCCACCCAUAAUAAUGGGCGUAUGCUCAACAAAGGGCGUGGCUGAGAACAGAAAACAAACUUUUAACAGCAAAAAAAUGUUAGUACGACAAGGAACUAAAAAGUUCUUUAGUCAAAGUCACACGGAUUCAGAGUCUGCUUUAGUGAAAGAGUGCGAAAAGGCCUUUAAGAGGCAGGAUUUAGCUCUAGCUGAGAAGACUCUGCCACAGGUGCAAGAUCCGUCCUCUGUCAAGAUACUUUACCAGCCAGACUGGGACAGACACUGCCUUAAUCCGCGGCAUUUUAGCUUCCUCCACUUAGCUGCUGGUAACGGAUGGCUAGGUCUAUGCAAAAAGCUUAUUAGAAAGUUCAAAUCUCGUCCAAACGUUACAGACGACAUGGGAUUCUACACUCCGCUGCAUUUUGCAGUAGGUGGUAAGCAUCAGUCCGUCAUACAGUACCUCUUGGAAGAGGAGAAGUGUGAUCCUCACUGUCUACAGUUUAUAGUGACACCUUUUCAAUUGGCUUGUACAGUUGGCAACGCUUCAAUAGUUGAUUACUUUCUAUCCGUUUGGAACUGCAACCCAAACUCUUUUGAUGAUUUUCUAAACACUCCACUUCAUCAUGCAGUCUCUAGAGGUCACCUUGAGGUAGUCCUGAGCCUUUUUGCAACAGGGGAAAUAAGAUCCCUGCACUGCAACAAGGAUGGUGAUACACCUCUUCACAUUGCUGCACGUUUGGGACACUAUCACAUAUUUGUAUCCAUACUCUCGCAUAUAGAGGUCAACUUGAGUCGUUGCAGGAACAGCAUUGGUGAUACUCCAUUACAUGAAGCAGCUCGACAUGGACAUUUGCCAGUCAUCAAGUACAUCAUGCAGGCUGGGGAUUUUGAUGAUAUACACGUUAUAAAUUCAUUGGGUAAUACGCCAUUACAUGAGGCAAGUAGUGGGAAUCAUUCAAAGAUUGUUGAGCUCCUUCUUCAUGAAGAAGACCAUUGUCUGCUACUGCAUAAUUUAGAGGGGAACACCCCACUGCAUUUAGCAUGUAAGAAAGGUCAUCUUUCAACUGCUCAAUUACUAAUGAACAAAGGAUUUGAUAUUCACGCGAAAAAUAAAGAUAAUCAGUCUCCAAUUGAUGUUACAAAGCCAAUAGCAAAAGGACAUCUGGAGCAACUACUGCAACAGAAGUAGGCAGCAGAGUUCAUCAAUAACAGCUAUUAAUUAUAACAAUCAUGUUACUAAAUCACUUUUAAGUAAAACAGACAAGGAGAAAUAAUAAUAAUAAUAAUUUUUAGUAAUAAUAAUAAUAAUAAUAAUAAUAAUAAUAAUUAAUAAUAAUAUUGUCUUUUACUUAUAGCCAAUUACAAACAAAGCAAGAA